AUAAAUUUAAUUAUAUAAAUUAACACUUACAUAACAAUAACAAUUAGAUGACCAAACGCAAAAUCAUUUCAAACUGAAGUAUUCGUAUACAAAUACAAAUAUAUAGCUUUAGGCAAAUCCAAAGCAUCACCUGGACAUUAGCGAGACUGUGGAUGUGCUAUUCCUUAUGUUGCUGGAGAAAAUCGAGGCUUAUAUGUAUACCUGCUAUCCGACGCGCGCUGCGGACUAUAGCUUAAAGUGCAUAAAGAUUUACGUACGGCGCGAGCUGAACUCAAACUCCUCCUCGUUAACGCAUGCGCCCCCAAAAUGCAUACUACCGUUACAGUAUCGUGUGAAGCAUGCCAUCGCAGCGCCAGCCACAAAGCCGAUCAGCGCGAAGGCUGCCGCCGACGCGAACCUGUAUUGCUUCCGCGUUUGUGCGCGCACCCAAGAGUUGUAUGUGGUGCCCUACCAGCUGGGCAAAUGUCCGAGCAGUACAUGCUCUACUGAAGUACAGCGUGCGCAACAAACUUGGGAUCGCGUAGGCUGUGGCGCCCAUUAUAUAAUGUUGCAGAGUGUAGACGGUGCUCAGCAACAACUCUUGGAGAUCUCGAACAUAUGUCGCUUUCUACGCACCGAUGACAGAUGAAAAAAAAAAAAAAAAAAAACGUG